AUCAAUCCUGAAGAACCACAAGCAAAGCAAAGAAAAGUUUAAUCGUCUUGGCCAUGGCGUUCAAUAGAGCACAAUUGCUUGUUGCCUUCGUUCUGGGUUUGCUCCUCAUGUGCCACGGUGCGGAGGCUUUCCAUCAGCUUUUCUCCUCCAUGAACAAGGAUUACAACCACGGAUGCAUGGACUGGAAGGAAUGCAUGAAGAGUUGCCAAAAGGGGGGGUUCGACGGCGGAUUCUGCAUACUCUCCAAAUGCACCUGCUUCAAAAAGGGUAUGCAUGCACCACCACCACAACACAAUGCGCCGGAGUUGGCGCCAUCCGAAGGGCCAUCGGAGGCAAAAGCCAUGUUCGCAAGGAAAGUUUACAUGGGUACGGGUAAUUGAUUCGGUGGCUAAUUUUCGCGACUCUAUAAAAAUGUUAUGUGUGUAAGCAACUAAGCACGAAUAAUUGAUCGCCUGAAAAUAUGCAGAAUUGGAGUAACGAAAGAAAUGACAAGAAAGAAGACUCUUCAAUCUGA